CUCGUUUUGUGUAAGCAACGCCGAUAAAACAUUACCGCUACGGCGAUAGUACAUCAUAUCACAAACGCUCACGGUUGUGUGCACUCCUUCUGUACAACUGCUGCUGUUCAUCAUGGACAAACAGAGAUCCGUAAUCAUAACGGUGGCAGUGAUUGGAGAAUCGGGAGUCGGGAAAACCACCUUCAUCAACGCACUGGCUGCCGGUGAGGACGCACAAACGGAUAUGUUUUCUGCAGAAGGAAUGGACCUGAGAAAGCGAAAUAUUCGAAUCGGACAUCAUCUGGUCACACUGACCUUCUGGGACACAACCGGGAAUGUCAGGACAGGGUACCUGCGUAAUCUAGAUGUCAAAGAAGUUGAUGGCUUCAUCCUUAUGUAUGCGGACUCCAAAUGGGACACCUUCGCCGCCCUCGUGGAUUCUGUCGAUAUUCUGGAGACACAUCUAGGAGAGAAGCCCGUUCUAAUUGUUGGGAAUAAAUUUCGUGGCCGUACCGCUGGCAGAGAAGUUAGUCGGAGGAAUGGAGAAGGACUAGCUGAGGACUUGAGAGCAAACUUCUCCGAGGUUGAAGCACUCGACGACAACCAGGUGCGGGAAGUUGUGCAGAACUGGACAAAUGAAGUACUGAGCAUUCAACGCAAGAGUCAAAGGCCACUGAGGACAGCCGUAGAUGGGGACAAGUCACUUCAAAAAUGUUCUGAUAUUGCAUCAUCCAGAUCAUCAAUAUCUUCAAUCAGCGGUCAACAUAGGCAUUUCAAGGUCAUCUUGGUUGGAAACAGCAAAGUGGGGAAGACAUCUUUUAUCAAGAGGCUGGUCACUGGAAAAUUCCAAGAGCUUUCAUCUAGUAAAGAAGUUGACAUCGUACGGCACGUGAUGGAUGUUGAAGGACAACUAGUAAAGCUGCAAAUCUGGGAUACUGUAGCACAAGAAAGGUUUCACACGUUGCCCCACCAGUACUACAGACGAGCGGAAGGCGCAAUUGUCAUGUACGACAUCACCAGCAGGGAAAGCUACAACGAUGCUUCCAGGUGGGCUGAGGAGAUAAAGAAACAAAAAUUAAUCGAGCCAGUACUCGUGGUGGUAGGUAACAAACGAGACCUGUCCCAAACACGUCAAGUACAAGCAAAAGAAGGAGACAAGCUUGCCCACUCCUUGUCCUCUCCAACAAUGGUGGCGUCAUUCUUCGAGGCCAGUGCCAAGACGGGACAUAGCGUUCUCGCGGCGGUAAACCACAUGGCACUGCAGAUGCUGCGUGCUGAGGACAGCGAAGUUGAGGACGUUGUUCAUCUUCAGAGCCAGGCCGAACAGCGACAGAAAUGCAGAUGCUGAUCCUAAAUGCAGACCAUAUGCCAAUCUUCUCACAUCAUACACAUGGACAGAUGUCUCACGUACACCUGACUUGGCAGACCAUCUAAGUUUGCGAAUCAGUCACAACAAAGCCAUUUCAAAAUAUA